ACCUUAAGUCCCGUGCAGUUGUACUAUAGGCCUUGCUUUCUAUUAUUUGAUAGCAUACUUAGAAUAACGUAACGCAUCCGACGAGAGAAAAAUAUAAAGGGUGAAAAUAAGCGUUAUUUUAACUUAACCCAUUUUGGUAGCUACGGGCUACGUAAAGGACACGAAGGGUUUGCUAGUAACAUUAGCUUGUUUGAGCGUAAGCGCUAGCUAACUAGCAAGCUAACUCCUCGCAUUUCCUGAAGAAAAGCGAUUUAAGGGGAAAAAACAAUGGAUGUUCUAGAAACGCCGUACGAUGAUGAGGUCGUUUCUGAAUAUAUUGAUUGUACGAUCUGCAAUAAAUCCAUAAGGGGUCAGGCCUUGUACAAAAUACACGUGACGACAGUGGGACACACAAAGAAAGAGGAAUCCAUGAUUGCUCGGGGGCACGCCAUCCAAAGACAUGAUGUUCCACUGUUUGAUGAAAUUAAGGAGUAUAUACGUUACCUGAAGAUUGAUGAGCCCAUAAUUGGUUUGAGCUUCUUGAGAGAAGUGCCCCGUGAAUUGACAGACCUACAGCCAGGCCCACGAUACCUUUGCACGCUAUGUGAUAUGGAUGCAAACAUGCCUCAUAUGAUCCAGCAUGUGAUUGGAAGGAAACAUAGGCAGAAAUAUAUGCAAUUGAAGCGGCCAGACUUGGUGAACUGGGAUAAAACAAAUAUGAGUAGCCAACCAGGAAAAAGCAUACGGGCCAGAGCAGAGAUAAUAGAAAGGCAGGAUGGGCAAGGAAUUCCAAAGCCAAUGAAGAAAAACAGGACAGAAGGAUAUUCAGAUAUCACAAAAGUUGGGCCAAAGCAAAAUGUCAGGCACAAUGUCCCCCGGACUCUGAACCCCAGAGACUUGCCACCACUUCUUCCAGGUUUAAAGGGUAAUCGAGAUGAAUAUGCCCAUGGGAGGCGCUCCCUGGAUUCACAACAUUUCCGCUCAUUCUGCACAGAUGAACCAUACAUGCCUGGGACACUCAGACAGUCAUACCCACAGGACCAUCCUCCUGACAGUCACCUUAUGGAUGAGCGUGGAAGGGGGGGUUACAGUAGACAUGAUAUUCACAGAAGAGAGAUCAUGGAACCCGAUUAUCAUAGGCAGUAUGAAGAGAGAAAUGAGGAACAUGAAAGGAUGUUUCAACCAGGUGUUUCUUUGCAUUCUAUGAAUGAGAUGCCACAGAGCCAGCGUAGGAAUGAAGCCAAAUACCCAGAAGACCCUCUAUUCAGGAGGCCCUACCCUGAUAAUAAUGAUGUCCAGUUCCUCUCUGAUGAAGUUGGGCAUGGGAGAGUUAAUUCUGGAGAAUAUGAGCCCUCACGGCCAAUCUACCCAGAAGAAAAAACUUCCGAGUGGGUUCUUGAUAAAGAAUCUGAUAGACAUGCCACUAUGAGGGGAACAGGUUGGCAGGGACGUACUGAACCAGAGGCCGAGGGCAGGAAGUAUCCCUCAUCAGUGGAGAGUGAACGUUUUAUUAUGGUCACUGAUUAUGGUCACAAAAUGAGAGGUCCAUAUGAAGAGGAACCAAGCCGAACAGGACCACGUACCAACCAGAUACCAUUGAGCAUUUCGAGAAACAUAUCAAACAUCCCAGAGCCAUUUAGGCAGUUCCUGCAGGGACCUUCUAAUAAUAGCAACCACGGCCCAAGUAAGAGAAAAGCUCCCUUCUCAGAUGCUAGUGCCGAGGAGAUUCAAAGGACAAGUGAGAUGCAAAGAGAUGAGUUUGGACCUCCAAAUCUGAAGUAUCACAAUCCUCCACCAGCUGGUGUGCCAUCGAACCUGGAAGGCUGGGUAAUACAAAAUCCUGGCAUCUACACUGACUCAGAGGAACCACAUCUUACGGGAACUUACCAAAGGGGGGGCUCAAAGCCAUUUUCAGAGAGUACUGCAAACAAAGAGGGCGUCUUUGAUAUCCUGAGGAACGUUGAAAUUGAGAAUGCAGAGCAGGCUGACUUUCUGAAGAACAAGCUUUCCAGUGUUCUGGAAGAAUUCAAUGCCAAGAAAUCUGAAAAGGACAUGCAGAAUAUCAGAGAGAGAGUGGUCAAGACCUAUGAUCUGCAUGCUGCUCCACAACACCACCAUAAUAACCCAACAUUUGUCGACGGUUUCGAGGGACGACGAGAAGAUGCCUACUUUAAUGAAGCUCCCAGAGAGAGAGGCUGGACGCAUCAGGUUGAAACACCAGGAGAACACCGCCAAGGAUACCAGCAUGUACAAGAUAAACCCAAACGCUUGCGCAGAAGCCGUUUUGAUGAAGAUUUUGGGGCACCUGAAAUGUCUCAGGCACCACGUUCAGAUGAGCAAGCACAUUAUCCUCCACGGUUCCAGGCACCCAUGCAGUCUCGUGAUUCCCAACCACCUGAUGAGCGCUUUGAUCCUUACUCUUCUACACCUCCUAGCCACAUGGAACGAGAACACGGGAUGCACAGGCGCCCUCAGCAUUCCACCAGCUUGGAUAAAAUCACCUCCACCCUCCUGAAACUUGUGGCGAGAAAAUAGUUUCAUAAAUGUUAAUGUUCUGUUAUUUUUGUCUUUGUUCUUGUUUAUUUGAAUACGUGCACACACAACACCUGAGUGGUUACAAAUCUCUCAAGUAGGUUGUUAUGUAGCACAUUCUGAAGCCCAGCCUGGUCAGGGGGAAUCCUGCAGUCUUGCUGUUCCGAGGAUCAGAACAUUUAUCUUUAUUUGUAUUAGUCACUAACUCAAGAGCCAGACUCUUUCCCACCAGCAGGAACAAGUGAAUCUCACUCACUGAACACAGAACUACACACACGUGCACACCGUACCUUUGAUGUCCUCAUUUGACUGGCAUACAUUACACAAAUAUAAAAACAGAUGGGUAAUAGAUUGCCUUUGUAGCACGAGCACGCAAAUGUAAUCUCUAAUUCUAAGAUAGCCAACACCUCAAUCAGCCUAUUUAGGGACACCUUUCACUCGUCUCUGUUUCUAAUUAUGUGUCAGUCCUGCAGCCUUUUCUCAGUUCAUGGUCUCAGUCUCUAGCUUGUUCUCAGCAUGUUGUGUAGUUCGUUGUGCUGUUGUGGAGCUUCACGCUGCUUUAGCAGACUGCCUUAAGACGAGCCGUCGCACUUCUUUCGUCCUGGCUGCAUUCAUUAUCACAGAUGCUGACGGCGGAGGGGGCAAACUUUGACAGUCACCUGUAAAUCCACAUGGCAGUGUUUUAAAUUCCUGAUCCCAAUAGCGUAUUUGUGAUCGUUAAGUCUUUACACAUUAGUUAAAGGGGGAGUUUAUGGAAAUGCUGCACGGCUGACUUGGUCAGUGUGAGCUUUUUUUUUUUUUUUUUUCCCCCCUCUCUCUGCAUCCCCAUUAUACUGCUCAGUCAUCACGUCACAUCUCUGCUUUUCUAAAUGUUCACUGAUGUGGAAAAAAGAAGCUCAAUAGGUACCUGAUAUGAUUAGAAGAGCAGAUUUUCAUAUUGAUAAUGUUUUCUUGUAAAAGGCACCAUAUGGUUGAAAUUCACAGAAAACAUAGUGGGAUGUGGAAUUACGAUGGGAUCAGAUUUCAUUUCAUCCCCUUUAUGCAU